UAUAGAAGUCGGUGCACGUAGAGUUCAGCUGCAACCCGAAUACAUGGUUCUUCAGUUUCUUGAUUAGCGUAAGGCCUUGCAUUGGACUUCUCCUGUUCUGUUCAUUUUAAAUAUUUAAAGGCCAAAAGAGCAACAUACAGUUGGCAUCAUUACAGACGAGCGGGCGCACUGUCUCUUUAAGUCAUAAUUUAAUCUCUACGUUUAAAGAAGAUAGCGGAGCCUAAUUACGUCACACGCUCUCGUCUUUGCUCUCCCCGUUUCGCUGCUGCAACUUCAAAUAAUACUGCGCGGCUGCUGCUCCAAACACGGUCCAGGUAGCAUACAACACGUGUGUACAAUAUUUUCCGCUAAGUAGUUUACACCGAUAUCAAAAACAAGCAGCGCGGAUUUUAGCGACCCAGUCUCUCAGCGUAGCAAGGCGCCGCUGCUUCUGCCGGUCUACCGAGUACCGCUCAGCGGGCAGUAGAGGGGAGGAACGGCGGGACACGCAGGCGGAGGAAGGCGGGCAGGUUCUCCAGAGGAUAACAUGCUUUAUUUUUACCGCUGCCGCGGGAAUAUUUUUACAUUUGUAUGGAGGGCUUCGUCGUGACUCGUGUGUGUCUGGUAGGACGCGACUAUCCCCAUUAUAAAACUAAGAAGAGUCGUCAUACACGGUGAAUAACGGGAAGGAGACAGUGUGUUGCAUAGCGGCACACAAUACAUGUGCUGAGCGGAACAUUACGCGCACCAGCGGGGCUUUUUAAUGAGGGCAGCUUGGCGCCGUACAGUCAUUUUGUUGAAUCGUUGGAUUAUUGGGCUUUACCUCCACCGAUGCGUCACAUUUUUCGAUUUGCAAUCAAAGAAGCUCGGUCGAAACCUGCAGCAUCUUGUUUUAUUAUCGGUCAGGGUGGUUUGAUUGAACCUAGCUAGGGGAGCUAACACCGACGUUGCCCGUCAUAACCGGUGUGCAUAGAGAAAGAUGAUCACAUUUCCAACCAAUCAUUGAUGGGUCGAUUUAAUUGUUAUACCAUCACUUAACCACAAAAGGUAAUUGAAUUAGGCCAUAAAGAUUGUGUAUUUGGUCAGAUGUGUUGAGCCUAUGGCCCUUUAUCAGUUCUCCUAGAUGCGAAGAAUGGGCCCAUGUCUUAAUUUAGAAAACAAAGAAUUAGGCUACUUGAAAGGCUAAGCUGGGUAGCUAAGCUUGUCUCGCGUUUUCAGGUUUGCUUGUUAACUAGCUGAAGGGAUUAGUGAGAUAGCAUUCGCACAGUGCUGUCUUGUGGACACCGUCCCCUAACGUUACACCCCUAAACCGGUCGGCGUUUCCCAUUCCCCUCAAUAUUUUCCGCGCCACGCCACAAUGGCCAGUCAUACUGUGGAUGACAGCACCAGCGCCGGGGCAGUGGAAAUGGAUCCGAUGCCCGGCUAUGUGGACCUCAUCACCAAAGCUUCUACCGUUAUGUACGGCGCCUUGAGAGACUGUAGCGCGUGCGGUCUGGAGCUCUCUAAACGGACCCUCUUAGAUAACGCGUACAUCACCUGGAACGAAAUUUUCCUGUUCUGCUUUUGCGCAUUUUUGUGGACGCAGAUAAGGCAAGGACUGACAGAGUGUCUUUUCAAGCCGUUAGCAGAGCGGUGCAAGCUGCAGAACAAGGAUGCCGCUAAGAUGCCGGAGAGUGCGUGGAAGCUGGUCUUCUACACCAUGUCCUGGUCGUACAGCACCUACUUGCUCUUCUUCACCUCCUACACUUUCUUCUACGACCCCCCCUCCGUCUUCUACGACUGGAAGAGCGGCAUGUCGGUGCCCCCGGACAUCGCCAUCGCCUACCUGAUCCAGGGCAGCUUCUACGGCCACUCCAUCUACGCCACGGUGUACAUGGACGCCUGGCGGAAAGACUCGGCCGUCAUGGUGGUGCACCACGUCAUCACGCUGGCCCUCAUCUCCUUCUCCUACGCCCUCAGGUACCACAACGUGGGCGUGCUGGUGCUCUAUCCUCGCAUCGACAUCGCUCAGCUGGUGUUCACCAAGCUCAACGUGUACCUGAAGUCCCGGGGAGGGAGCUACUACCUGCUCAACGACAUCCUGUCCAACAUGGGCUCCGUGAGCUUCAGCAUCACCUGGUUCUGGUUCCGGCUGUACUGGUUCCCCCUGAAGGUGCUGUACGCCACCUGUGUCUCCAGCCUGCAGUCGGUCCCUCACAUCCCCUUCUACUUCUUCUUCAACGCCCUGCUGCUGGCGCUGCUGCUCAUGAACAUCUACUGGUUCCUGUUCAUCGUGGUGUUUGUGGUGAAGGUGCUGAAGAUGAAGGAGGUGAACGACGUCCGGGAGUACGAGGAGGUGGAGGGGGUGAAGGCGGCCGCGGCUGGGCUGGUCCCGGCCCACCAAGCCAACGACUCGGACCACCAGCACGACCACAGCGCCGUCCACGGGAAACACGUGCAGAAUGGCGUCUCCAAGGACAAACAUCUAUAGUGGAUUCUCUGUCGCCAUCUUCUGGCUGCCAGCCGCAAGUGCAGGCAGGACGGGCGUCCACGCGUGGCGGUUGGUGUGCAGUCAUGAUCGCAAAGGAGAAAAAAAUAAAGAGCAGAAGAAAGUGGUUGGAAAAAGACCAUAUUUAGGCAGCGGAUGUUUUUCUGUAGACUUGUUUCAUUGUUGUCAUGGUUGAUCUUAUCGUUUUUGUUUUAAAUUAUAGCACUGUGAAUGUUAUUUCAGGCGACUCUGUGUCUUACCAUCCUCAUCACAACGUCAACUUAGUUUUGCUUAGAGACGAGACAUGCAAACCGCGAUUCACAAUACAACACCAUGCCGGCUGUGUGUGUGUGUGUCUGUGUGUGUGUGUGUGUGUGUGUGUGUGUGUGUGUGUGUGUGUGUGUGUGUGUGUGUGUGUGUGUGUGUGUGUGUGUGUGUGUGUGUGUGUGUGUGUGUGUGUGUGUGGACGUUUGUGUCAUCACAAUCGUGGACCGUCACAUCGCAUAACAUAUCAGCACCCAGCCAGGAUAUACAUCGUGAAGGGUGAGCUGCAAUCACAGCCAGUGAAAUAUCAAAAGGUCUCUCUCUCUCUAAACUAAAAAAGAGCCUGGCUUCGGGAUGCUGUGUGUGUGUGUGUGUGUGGGGGGGGGGUGUAUGUGAGUGGGUGUGUGUGUGUGUGUGUGUGUGUGUGUGUGUGUGUGUGUAUAUGCGCGCAGCAGCCCCCAGAUCCACCUGAGGCAAACUCCUUCCUGUUUGACCACGCUCUCGUAUCACAUAUUGCUUCUCAUCAUUUCACUGGUCAAUAACUGAACACGCUGCUUCUACACACACACACACACACCGAUGUACUGAAAGACCAACACGUGCACAUACGCAUAGACACGCACGCGUAGACACUCACAUACGCAUGGACCCACACACACACACAAACACCGCAGCAGUUGUGUUAUUGAGAUAGCCCCAUCAUGUUUUUGGUGCAUGAGGGAGUGGUGUGUGUGUGUGUGUGUGUGUGUGUGUGUGUGUGUGUGUGUGUGUGUGUGUGUGUGUGUGCGCUGCAAAUAGUGAUGUAAGACCUUUUUUGAUACAUAGAAUUCCAAAACCCUUCGGUUGUUUUUAAAGUGAGGCAUUUCAAAUGAUGAACGUGAUUUUCCAUGUCUCUUAUUUGUUUACUUCCUUCCUGUUGAUAAAUAGGCAUUAGAACACUUACACUCAAAGAGUUCCCGUAUGGAAUUUAUUUUUCGUUUUCUUAAUAUUUUUUUCGUGUGUUUGUAGUAUUGCGUCUGUUGUUGCACUGAGAUGAAGGCGUACAAGCUGACGGCCGGUUUAUUGACUGCUGUAAUUGAUUGACUGGGUUUCCGUAUAAUACUCUCGUUUCUGUUAGAAGGGGUUAAUGUUUUAUGUUGAUAAGCCGUUCAGCGGUUCUCAGAAAAUCGAAGUGACGGCCCUGACCCUGUAUAUGAGAAAAGGAAACAAGCACCAUGUGGGAAUGCAUGACAUAGGAAUGGUUUUGUUAAUAUGCUAUGAAGUUGUCUUAACAUUACAAAUGACGAAGAAAAAAAAUGCAACCCUCCUGCUUCUCAAUGUAAUCGUAAACUCCCAGUCGACGGAGUAAACAAAUCCACUUCCAUCAGAAUCCAUCUGAGUCAGCGGAGGCCACGCAAUCACGCGGGUGUCUUUUUGCGCGCGUGUGCGUAGGUGUGCGCAUUCUCCGUACAGCUCCAGAGAGUCCAUCCAUCCAUCCAUCCUACCUCCUCGAUCCAAUUGAAGCUCUUAGUUUUCCGGACCAACAGCAUGCUUGUGCCGCUGGAACAGGCCGCAGAUGUUGUGACACACUUGUGUCUCUUUGUCAGUAGGCAACGCUUCAGUUUGUUUGUUUUAGCCCACGGACCCCCCCCCCCUCACCCUUUCAAAACUAAGCUCAAACUAGUUCAUGAGUUUCCUGUCGGACGUAGUCGUUUUUAUUACUAUACCUUUGUUGAUUUCUCUAAGAAAAUAGCUGCUGUUUUCUGUUUCUGGUUUUGUCCUGAGAGCAUUGUCUGUAGAGCGACCCACCAUCCCCUCGCUGUUCUGCUAUGAUUGGCUGUUCAUUCCAGGAUCCCGAGGGACUAGGUAGUCACCUUGUUUUGUUUUAUCACUUUAGAUUCGUUUUGAUUAAUUUUGAUCACUGAGUCCUAUUCCUUCUUUAGCCUCUAACGAGUUUCCUUGAUGCUCCGAUUGUGUAUGACGGCAAAAACCUUGAGCUCUCGGUUGACACCUUUUGCAGCACGUGGUGCUAUGCAUAAUUGUGUAUUAUAAGUUGAAGCGAGACUUAAUCACUCCCCGAAGGCUACAAUUACUGUUUGUAAUAUAACUAUCGACUACUGAUUUUUUUAAGUUAACAUUCUAGCCCCAGGGGACUUGAAAUGAACUGAACUCUUUUCCAGGGUGUUAAACUCCCUUUUUAAUGAUUUCCUCAAACCUUUUUUUAAAAGGCAUACUUUAAUGACAACUUUAGCCAUGGUUGAAUUAGUAUUAUUUCACUGCAAAAGAAAACGUUCGAGACAGGGGCAGAGAUGAGUGUUGUUAACAUGAAUGAACCGCGAUGAAGGUUUGACGUGCCAUGGUC